GUAACAGGCUAACAGGUCGCACGCCUCGCAGCGGUCGAGGCCCACUUUUUAAUACAAAAUGGAUUACCUAAGCGGGUGGUGCCGCAGUUCCCGGAGGCUCGAUGGACUGACGGCGGUCGUCACGGGCUGCAACACUGGCAUAGGCAAGGAGACUGUAGCAGAUCUUUACAAGAGAGGUGCUCGAGUCAUCAUGGCGUGUAGAGACGUAAACAAAGCUAACAUAGCUAAGGAUCUAAUAGAACAUGCUGCAAGCACAGACAAGAAAGGGGUGUUGGUAGUCGAAAAACUAGACCUAUCCAGUUUGAAGUCAGUCAGAGAGUUUGCCGAUCGCAUAUCAGCCAGCGAAAACCGCAUUGACAUCUUAGUGAACAAUGCUGGCGUCAUGAUGUGUCUUGAGGGGAAAACGGAAGAUGGACAUGAGACACACAUUGGCACCAACCAUCUGGGCCAUGCUUUGCUUACUUUGCUAUUGCUGCCGAGGUUAAAAGAGAACGAUGCUUCAAGGAUCGUGUUCGUUUCGUCGUAUCUACAUGCGAAACACUUGGUUGACUUGGAAGAUAUGAAUUUUGAAAAGACACGUUACGACCCAUACACAGCGUACUGCAGAAGUAAAGCAGCAAAUGUCUUAUUUUCCAAGGCCCUGGCAAUGGAAUUAAAGAAACGCAACAUAUCCAACGUAACGACAUACAGCCUGCACCCGGGCGUGAUCAGCACAGAGAUCGGACGACACUUCAGUGAAUCUUACAUGUGGGGGACGUCGUGGUUAUUCGCCGCCAUCAUGCGGCUGUUCGGCAAGUCCGUCAAGUGUGGCGCCCAGACCUCCAUCUACUGCGCUGUAGACGAAGCAUGUGCAGCAGAAAGUGGACUUUAUUAUAGUGAAUGCGCUGUGACUACGCCGUCGAAACAAUGCCGGGAUGACGAGUUCGCUGCCAAGUUUUGGGAUUGGACGAUCAAAACGUUAGAUUUACAUUCGUAUGACCCUUUUCGUACGAAAUGAAUCAACGAUUUCUUCCUCCGUGAACCACUUAAUGUUAGUAUGUAACGCAGUAGAUUACUUACUUAGUUGAGCAAAUAUUUAAUUUAUUUAAGACACAUUUA